GAGGCGGGGGUUUUCGGAAAACGGUUAGGGAAAAACUGAAGUGUCGUAGCUAGUUUAAGAUACUAGUAAAUAAAUGGCAUAAAAACAAAAUGUACAAAAUACAGUGGUUUUUUUCGUCGUUUGUUAGAGGGGCAUGUCAGCAGCUUCUUGAGCCUUUGAAUUUAUCCGGAAGAACGAUAGGAGGAAAUGUCCUGCGGACACUUUAUUCAAGUUCUGUCCGAUUACAAGAAGUUGAAGCUCAGUCGCAAGAGUUCACAUCCAGCAUGACUUCUCCAAAAAGCUCCAAAGAGUUCAGUUUUUAUCCUCCCUUUCCAGGCCAGGACAGCGGUUUAAGAUGGGGCGGCAAAAAGUUUGAAGAAUUACCAGUAGUUCACAUAAAAGCCACUUAUAACAACACUCACAUCCAAGUGACGGACAGCGAGGGUCAGUCCAUGGCCAGAACCUCGUGUGGGACAGAGGGCUUCCGUAAUAUAAAAAAGUCCACUCCAAUUGCGGCCCAGACCACCGGCAUCUCAGCUGCUGCGAAGGCACAGGCGAAGGGGGUGACCUUUGUGCGUGUCAUAGUCAAAGGACUUGGUCCAGGGCGCUUGUCUGCUAUUAAAGGGUUAACCAUGGGAGGACUGGAGAUUGUGUCCAUCACUGACAACACGCCGGUUCCACACAAUGGCUGUCGGCCUCGUAAAGCUCGGAGGAUGUAAACCCCAGUAAUCCAGUCCGUCUGUGCCGAAAGCAUCAACAGCUGAGCCUGCAGUCUGAGCGGAGGAGCUGAACACAUUGCUCAUUUCCUUUGCACAGUAUGACGUAUCACACUUCAUGUAACUACUUGGGGUAUUUUGGUAGAUUUUUGUGGCUUCUUUGUUGUUUUUUUUGUUUGUUUUUGUUUUUUAAAGUAUUAAACCAAUGGAAUUAAAGAGUUAA